UCGAAUUUAAGUCAAGUUGGAGCAAACUUGCUCAGAUCCCCCGGAGAACUGCAAAAGAUAAGCCAAGACUAGGUGUCUAGUGUCCAAGUAUCGCCUUGCCGUGGGCCCUACAAACUGGAUGCCGUUUAGUGCCCAUCCAGACCACCCUGCUGAGACCACACACCCUGUACCAAAUCGACAGCCCCGUCCGGGAUUAAGGGACAUGUACGCUGCAGUGAAGCCCCUGUCCAAGUAUUUGCGCCUAAAGUCGGUGCGCAUCUACGAUCCGAUCUUCACGCUACAUUCCAAGUGCACCGUCGUCCUCCUGCUGACCUGCACCAUUCUCCUGUCGGCGAAGCAAUAUUUCGGCGAACCGAUUCUAUGCAUCAGUUCCGAGAAGCAAACGGAAUAUGUGCAGUCCUAUUGCUGGACCAUGGGUACCUACAUCUUGCCAGCGGAGACCGAGAACGGGGGUAGCACCAGUAGCUGGGACUUGUCCUCCUACACCAACGGCGAGUACAAUAUGAGCAGCCUGCGUGCUCUGGUGGCCAGGAAUCAGCAAUAUGCCCGAUUGAUAUCCAUUGCCGAGGGUGUGGGACCAGAAACGCGCGGCGUCACCAAGCGCUUGUAUCUUCGCUACUACCAAUGGGUCUUUAUGAUCCUCCUCUUCCAGUCGGUCCUCUUCUACUCCCCGUCGUACCUCUGGAAGGUGUGGGAGGGGCAGCGUAUGAAGCAACUAUGCUCCGAGGUGGGUGACGCCCUCAUCCUGGAGAGCACCUAUCUCACACGCCUCAAGAUGCUUACGAAGUACUUCCAGGCCCAGUUUACAGCCAUCCAUUGUUGCUAUUCCUUGAAGUAUGCCUUCUGCGAGAUGCUCAACUUUAUCAUUAGCUUGCUCAACUUUUGGCUAAUGGAUGUGGUAUUUAAUGGAUUCUGGCACAAGUAUAUCCAUGCCUUGGCCGCCAUACCCGUGUACGACUGGAAUCUGUGGAAUAUGAUGACAUCGCGCGUGUUCCCCAAGGUGGCCAAGUGCGAGAUGUUCAUUUAUGGGCCAAGCGGCACACCGAAUAUCCUGGACAUUCUAUGCGUUCUACCGCUCAAUAUCCUGAAUGAGAAAAUCUUUGCCUUGCUCUACGUUUGGUUCCUGUUCAUUGGCAUGUUGUCCGGAAUGAAUCUCUGCUACCGCCUGCUCCUCAUCUGCUGCUUCGAGCUGCGCCUGCAGCUGCUGCGCACUCACCUGCGCGCCAUGCCAAAGUCGCAGGUGCGCCAGGUGCUGUCCACCGUGGGCUAUGGUGACUGGUUCGUGCUCAUGGGCGUUAGCAUCAAUGUGAAUCCCUCGCUCUUUCUCGACCUGAUGAAUGAACUGUAUGCCCAGCAAAAGAAGUCCGACUCCCAAGAUCCCGAGUCCAUGAUGAUGGUCAUGUCGGAGCAGCAGAAUCAGCAGCGUUCCUCGUAUCUGUUGCAGUCGAAAACCGAUGGGAGUUCCAGUCAGCAACGUCACGUGGGACUCGAUCCGAUGUCCGAUCGCCCGACGGUGGAGACCCUGGGAAGUCGACUGCCCACAGCACCAAAUAUUCACCUGAUGGCGCCCAAUGACGAGAUCAUUAGCAUGGAUCGCUUCUAUCACGAGAGCAAUGCCUAGGAAGCUGUAUUAAUAGAAAAUAAUAACGAAUUUUGUUUGCAA